CCCUAAACAAUUUCAUCCCAAAAACCCUCUUUUAAUCAAACAAACAUACCAAAAAAAAACCUUCUUAUAUCAAAACUAAUUAAAAUGGCUUCCAAGAACAAAUCCCUCAUCAUCUUCCUCGUCCUCAACCUCGUCUUCUUCACUCUCUCGAGCGCCUGUGGCACGUGCCCGGGCCCUAAACCUAAGCCGAAGCAACCUAAGGGUUAUUGCCCUAGAGAUGCCCUAAAACUCGGCGUAUGUGCCAACUUGCUCGGUGGUUUGAUUGGCGUGACGGUGGGAAACCCUCCGAAGAAGCCGUGCUGCCGCCUGAUUGAAGGGCUAGCUGACCUCGAGGCCGCCGUCUGCCUCUGCACCGCCAUCAAAGCCAAUGUAUUGGGCAUCAACCUUAAUGUGCCUCUUUCACUCUCCUUGCUUCUCAAUGUUUGCUCCAAGAGUGUCCCUAAAGGCUUUGUUUGUGCCUAAAACUUAAUCUCUCUCUCUCUAUAUAUAUAUGUCAUAUGUAUGUAUGUAUCUCUAUGUAUCACUCAUGUUCUUGUGAGUUGUGGUGGUGCAAGAUUGGUGUUCUUGGUAAGUUCUUGUUUCCUAUGUAUUGAGAUUCAUUGAAGAAUAAAGUACAAGUCAUAUAUAUAUAUAUAUUUACAAAAAUCAAUGGUGUAAGGUUGUUAUGUAGUUUGGAUUUGUUGUAAUAAGUUCUCCAAACUUGAAGUUGUGUGUACUUUUUAAUG